CUUACGGGUAGAAUUCACAGGAACUUAUGGCGAUUUUUUGUUCAGCUGUAGCAACCUUUCGCUGCCUAGCUGCCGUGGUGCACGAAGGAGGCCCGAGGGCCGGGAUACUGCCAGGUUGCCCAAGCGUAGACAGGGGAAGUCAAGAGGCAGAGGUCGGGUUCGAACCACGGAACUUCCGUCGCUCACUAGAUCACGAGACUCCUCUUUUUUACACUCACAAAUCACGCCAUACAAUUGUGACUCAUCUGACAUUGACUGUCGGUGCCGUCAAGUAAGCGUAGCAACAAGUCAUGCGCUGACACCCACGUACACGCAAACAUGCCUACAUAUAGGAAAACCGAGCACAGUCAGCACACAGACAUGCGCGCGCGCAAGGAGCAGGACGACAACCACUCUCCACAAUCCCACGGAGUUAUGGAACACGUGUAGCAGCUAUACUGCGGAGAAAACACGUUCCGGCCGUCAGGACUUUCACCAAGAGACUCUCACAAACGAUAAUACAACCUAUCCAAUCAAUCCGUCGCGUGAAAGGAUACCAGAUAUUGUUCUAAAACUAUGUAGACGCAAGCAGAUUAGGAGGAAGGGCCGGCCUAGCUACGCACCGAUGAUGUCUCUUGGGUUGGUGACGAAGCGUUUGCAAGCUAAUUGCCAAGCUCGGAGAACAAAUCAACAGCCACUUGGCCAGCCGCCAGUAUCCGAAAUUGGCAGGGGGCGUUCAGCCACGAAAAUACAUGUACAGAGAACGGCACGGACUGAUUGCCCCGUUCGUCUUACAUCGGAGCUAGCUGUAAUAUCUGCACGUCUGUCAGUGCUGACAACCUCAAACAUAUUCAAAUCGAUUUUCAAGUCUCCACACCCAGUCUAUCGGGCCACUUUUAAUGUUAGAGCUUUGAAGCAAGACAACAAGUUGCUUUUGCUCUCACACUGGACUCGCUUGACAAUGAUGCGUGAUGUGUAUCAGAAGCGAAUUCAAAAUAAAACUGCAGCGGCUGAGUUAAUCGUCCCAACCGACGGUAUGUGCGACACCGUCAACUUCAACUUUUCUGACGUCUUCAGUUUCCCGUUAGAGUGGAUUGCCGAAGGUUUGGACGCACAAGUAAGCAGACUGAGUGCAUCUGACAUUCACUCGGCUGGUCGAAUUGGCUUGAACUCGGUAAGUGAGGACAACCGCAAACGAGUACUUCAGCUACGUGCCGACCGCAGCUAUCUUUAUGCCACAUGGUGUCCUUCAACGGAGCACAAGCCACGAAUCCAAAUUGAUCAAGUCGCCAUCAAUUACCGAUGGUACGGAUCACCAACUGACGGUCGAUCGCUUUA